AAAUAAAAGAAAAAGCAAAAGAAGAGAGAGAAAUAUUAUAGUAUUGGGUGUUGAGAGGGAAAGGAGAGGGGGCUAAGGGAAGGGAAGGGAAUGGAAGGGGAAUGAAAAAGGAGAAGAGAGGUGAUAAUAUAAGGAAGCAAAAAGAAAAGAAAGGAAAAACUGGAAAUAAUAAGAAAAGGGUAAAGAAGAGUUUUGUUGGGAGAGUAGAGUCGAUGGAAAUGCGUGCUGAUUCCGGUAGAAAGGGAACCUUCUCUGUACUCCUUCUUUUCCUCCUGCUGAUCCUCAUUUUGCCUCGUAUCUAAUUUUCUUCUUUUUCUUUCUUCUUCUUCUCCUUCUUCUAGUGUUUCUAUUUUGGUCUCUGGAUUUGGUUUGAAAAACUGAAACCCCACUAUAAGUCACAGUAAUUCGGAUGCUUGUAUCGAUCUACGGACGCAUUCCUGAUAUAUCCAGGAGUGGUUAAAGCUCUGAAUUUUUCGGGAUAUUUUUGAGUUUUUCUUUUUUCAUUUUUGUGGGUCAGGUUUCCGUUGAAUCUUUUUUUUUUUAUUGUAGGGUUUAUGUUGUUGUUGUUGUUGUCGUCGUCGAAUUCUUGAUUGGGAAAUUUCUUGGCUUAUUAUUAUUAUUAUUAUCGAUAUUGUUAUUGUGAUUUUUGAUGUGUAAAUAUUGUUAUUAUGAGAUUUGUGAUUUAGUAAAAAAUUUAGUUUGUGGGGGAGGUUUUGAUUUACUUUCCUCCUCGGAAAUAUUUUGUGAUACCCCGGAGGAUUUUAGUUUCAUUUUCCUUUUAUUAACACCUUUGAGAAAAAAAAGUCAAAAUCAAUCAAUUGUAAGCUUAUAAAAACACAUACCCUAAAAAUCAAUCGAAACCCACCAUUUUUAUUGUGGGUUUCUAUUAAAUUUUCAAUAUUUCCAUAUCAAACUAAAGAUUUUUUUUCAUAAAUACUGAUUUAGAAGAGGAAGAUCAAGGAGAAAAGAGGGGUGAUAGGAAUUCUGUUGUGGGGGUUGUUUGGGAUUCUUAUGGGAAUACCCGAUAGCUCACUAUUAGAUCUAAUAGAAAAAGUUAGGUCUUGGAUUUCUUGGGGAGCAAGUGAUAUUUCAUGUUUCCCUGGUGAAGAAUUUGGGAGGCUCAAAAACGGUGUUUGCAAAAAAAUGUGUUGUGAAUGUGAUAUGAAGUUUGCUGAUGAAUUCUCUCAUAGAUACCGUUGCCAAAGCUGUGGUCGUUGGUUAUGUUCAGAAUGUGUUGAAAGAUAUGAAUCCCGUGUUGUUGUUGUUGUUGCUGCUGAACAAUCAGCUAAUGUAAAGGGUAAUGAUUUUUCUAGGAUGAUGAGUGUUAAAUCUUGCAAGUUUUGUUGUGAUGGGGUUAAAGCGAGGCGUGAAAGUGGAGGAAGGAAGUAUUGUGAGAAAGUGCAUCCUUCUGAAUCUCCCCGGGAGAGCCCUGAACCACCAUCCCCAUGUUCUGUGAAUAGUGAAUCAAUCAAGAGUGAUCAUCUUGCCCGGUAUCUUGAAGCCCGAGAUUGCAGGUUUUCUCUGCAGGCAGUGACUGGCAAGAGUAUGACUUCAUUUAGUGCUCAUCCUUCUCCAGUAUCUACUCGAAGAUCUCCCAGCAGGAGUGAUGAAGAAGAUGCUGAUGAUUCUGGUAAGCACUUUGUGAGUCCCUGGGCCGAAUAUUGUCAUGAUGUUUCGGAUUUAGAUUCAAGUAGUAUUAGUGCUAGACAUGAGUUUUAUAGCUUUAAGUCCGUGGGAUCAAGUCCUUCAGUCAGCCCCUCUAGGAACAAUUUUACUCCUUAUAGAGUUGGGCAUUCUGUACAGCGGAGGCAAGAAGGGAGCCCAAUGGCUCAGUAUGUUGGUCCCUUUGAUCAAGAAAACAUGGCUGUUUUAAGAAAGCCAGAGACAGGGAGUGAGGAACCAGAAAAUAUUGAUGAUUACUCUGAUGACAUGUCUGUUUUUCGUAAUCAUUAUGCAAAGUCCCAAAAGCCAUUGGAUUUUGAAAACAAUGGUCUGAUAUGGUAUCCCCCACCACCUGAGGAUGAAAACGAUGAGGCAGAGAGUAGCUUCUUUACAUAUGAUGAUGAAGAUGAUGAUAUUGGGGAUUCUGGUGCAAUGUUCUCAUCCAGUAGUAGCCUUUCAAGUAUGUUCCCAGCAAGGGAGAAACAAAAUGAGGGAAACAAAGAACCUCUCAGAGCCGUAAUACGGGGGCAUUUUAGGGCUCUUGUGUCACAACUAUUACAAGGUGAGGGUAUUAAAGUUGGUAAAGAGGAUAAUGCUGGGGACUGGCUUGACAUUGUCACAGCUAUAGCAUGGCAAGCCGCGAAUUUUGUGAAACCAGAUACUAGCAGAGGAGGCAGUAUGGAUCCUGGUGAUUAUGUGAAGGUUAAGUGUAUGGCGUCUGGAACUCCCAGUGAGAGCACCCUUGUCAAGGGAGUGGUCUGUACCAAAAAUAUAAAACACAAGCGCAUGACCUCACAAUACAAAAAUCCUAGAUUACUUCUUUUAGGGGGGGCCUUAGAAUUUCUGAAAGUUCCAAAUCAGCUGGCAUCUUUUAAUACAUUACUUCAACAGGAAAAUGAUCAUCUCAAGAUGAUCAUUGCAAAGAUUGAGGCUCUUCGCCCCAAUGUACUGCUGGUAGAGAAGAGUGUGUCUUCAUAUGCACAAGAGUAUCUACUUGCUAAGGAAAUUUCAUUAGUGCUCAAUGUGAAAAGGCCAUUAUUGGAGCGUAUAGCAAGGUGCACUGGUGCUCUUAUUUGUCCAUCAAUUGAUAAUUUAUCUGCUAAGCAAUUGGGGCACUGCGAAUUGUUCCGGUUGGAGAAAGUAACUGAAGAACACGAGAUGGCCAAUCAGUUUAACAAGAAACCAUCAAAAACACUGAUGUUCUUUGAAGGUUGUCCGAGGCGUUUAGGUUGCACGGUCCUGCUGAGGGGCAGAUCUCGUGAAGAACUAAAGAAGGUUAAACAUGUUGUUCAAUAUGCUGUUUUUGCAGCCUAUCACUUAUCACUUGAGACUUCCUUCCUUGCUGAUGAAGGUGCUACUCUGCCUAAGAUGAAAGUAAAACGUUCAAUUGCUGUACCAGAGAAAACGCAGACCGACAAUGCCAUUUCGGUUGUACCUAGUUCCUCUUCUCCAUCCAGUUUCAACUUGAUAGUCAAUGCUUCUGCUCAGGAUGAUGCAUCUCUGAGUCACAAUUCAGGGCAUGGAGGAUUGGAAUCAUUAUCUGAGCCCUAUGAUCAAAGUCAUUUUUUUCCUUCAUCUGGUGGUUCCUUUCUUGAUGCAUGCAAUGAUGACUUGGCACAUGAUGAGGGUUUGGACAUGUGUUCUUUGGAACAAUUCAAGGAUUUGAAGAUGUCCACGACGUUGCCUUGUGAUAUUAGAGAUUUUCCUCGAUCAGAGUUGCAAGAAACUAUGACAGAAGAGGAGAGGCAUCUUGGUGAGAUUCACGAAAUGGCUAAAUUUGAAAAGAUUGAUGAGGAUGAAGCUUCCAGUGAAUACUUUUCAGCCACCGACACUCACCAGAGUAUAUUGGUUUCAUUUUCAAGCCGGUGUGUGCUGAAAGGAACUGUAUGUGAACGGUCACGGCUCCUGCGAAUAAAGUUUUAUGGUUCUUUUGAUAAACCACUCGGAAGAUAUCUUCGUGAUGAUCUGUUUGAUCAAGCAUCUUGCUGCCGUUCUUGUAAUGAGCCAGCUGAAGGCCACGUUAUAUGUUAUACCCACCAGCAGGGGAAUCUGACAAUCAAUGUAAGACGCCUUUCCUCUCUUAAGCUGCCUGGUGAACGGGAUGGUAAGAUUUGGAUGUGGCACCGAUGCCUAAGGUGUGCUCAUAUAGAUGGGGUUCCUCCAGCAACUCAUAGAGUUGUUAUGUCUGAUGCUGCCUGGGGACUUUCUUUUGGAAAGUUUUUGGAGCUUAGUUUUUCAAAUCAUGCGACUGCUAAUCGGGUUGCAACCUGUGGUCAUUCAUUGCAGAGGGACUGCCUUCGUUUCUAUGGAUUUGGCAACAUGGUUGCAUUCUUCCGCUAUUCCCCAAUUGAUAUACUAUCGGUCCAUUUGCCCCCAUCAAUGCUUGAAUUUAGUGGGGACGCUCAGCAGGAGUGGAUUAGAAAAGACGCAGCCGAGCUAAUGGUCAAAAUGGAAAUGUUGUAUGCGGACAUAUCUGAUGUACUUGACCACAUUGAACAGAAGAGUAAUUCUGCUAGCUGUCAAUCAUCAAAUGCAAGUGAGUUACCGAAUCACAUUAUGGAACUGAGAGAUCAACUUCGAAAGGAAAGAAAUGAUUACAAUGGUUUGCUACAACCAGUUGUUAUGGAGACUUCACCACUUGGUCUAGCAGCUGUGGACAUCCUAGAACUGAAUCGCUUGAGGCGUUCACUUCUAAUUGCUUCACAUGUUUGGGAUCGGCAACUUCAUUCAUUGGACUCUCUUCUUAAGAAAGGUUCUGCUGUUAAAGCUGACAUGGAUCAUAUUAAGGAUGGAAAACCUGAAGCUCAUGAGCCAAAUGCCUGCAGAUCCUCAGAUUCACAGGAGCCUCCUAAGAAUGACAUAGGGUUGGAACAGAACUCAAGUUUAACAACCUUGGAAUCUGUUGUACCAGAAGAAUCUAACUUGGCAUUAUGCCACCAGAAGAGAGAGGAGGAUGUGCGUCCAGAUGAAAGCAUCCCGUCUCCUGCGUCUACUCUAUCUGAAAAAAUAGAUUCUGCUUGGACUGGUACUGAUCUACUCACAUUGAAAGUUCAACCUCCUGAAGCAUCUCAGGGAGAUGGCCCCCAAGCUGGUUCUAUCAGGCCAACAAGUAAAAUUGAUAAUCUGACUUUGAGAAAGAUAGCAUCUCCAAUGAGGCUUCAUUCGUUUGAUUCUGUAUUGAGAUUCCAAGAAAGAAUUCAAAAAGGAUUGUACCCUUCUUCAUUGCAUUUUUUGACACUUAGAUCUUUCCAUGCUUCUGGAGAGUACAGGAGUAUGGUGAGGGAUCCUGUUUCUAAUGUAAUGAGCACUUACUCCUACACAUUGCCUCUAGAGGCACAAAAGUUGAAUUUGUUGCUCAGUUCCACACCCACUUUAAUCACCUCUGCAUCUCAUAUGGCUGAAGGGGCUCGGCUACUUCUUCCGCAGAGGGGCCACAGUGAUAUUGUUAUUGCUGUUUACGACAGUGAUCCUGCAAGUAUAAUAGCAUAUGCUCUUAGUUCCAAAGAAUAUGAGGAGUGGGUUGCUGAUAAGUCCUAUGAAAAUGGAGGAGGCUGGAGUGUCAGUGACAGGAGCAAAGAAGAUUCUGUAGCUUCCAACUUUUCACCCUGGCAGUCAUUUGGCUCUCUUGAUCUGGAUUAUAUCCAUUACAGAAGUUUUGGCUCUGAAGAUGCUUCAUCAUCUGUGGGUGCCUUGUUUGCAGAUACAAAAAGGUCUCCGCAUUUAACAGUUUCUUUUGGAGAUGAUUCUUCUGCUGCUGGUGGCAAAGUGAAGUUUUCUGUGACUUGUUAUUUUGCAAAACAGUUUGAUUCUCUUAGAAGAAAGUGUUGUCCUAGUGAAUUGGAUUUUUUGUGUUCCUUGAGCCGCUGCCAGAAAUGGAGUGCACAAGGGGGAAAGAGCAAUGUGUAUUUUGCCAAAUCAUUAGAUGAGAGAUUCAUUAUUAAACAAGUGCAAAAGACGGAGUUAGAAUCAUUUGAUGAAUUUGCACCGGAAUACUUCAAGUAUUUGACAGAUUCUCUUAGCUCAGGAAGCCCAACUUGCCUUGCUAAAAUUCUUGGUAUUUAUCAGGUCUCUGUAAAACACCUGAAAGGUGGCAAAGAAACAAAAAUGGAUUUUAUGGUGAUGGAGAACCUAUUUUUCAGAAGAAGUAUCUCAAGGGUAUAUGAUCUUAAGGGCUCUGCAAGGUCACGGUACAAUCCGGAUACAACAGGGACAAACAAAGUACUGCUAGAUAUGAAUCUGUUAGAAGCACUGCGAACAGAGCCCAUUUUUCUGGGAAGCAAGGCAAAGAGAAGCCUUGAGAGAGCCAUUUGGAAUGAUACAUCUUUUUUGGCAUCGGUUGCUGUCAUGGACUAUUCAUUGCUGGUUGGAGUGGAUGAGGAGCGCAAAGAGCUGGUUUUGGGAAUUAUUGAUUACAUGAGACAAUAUACUUGGGACAAGCACUUGGAGACAUGGGUUAAGGCGUCUGGGAUACUAGGUGGGCCAAAGAAUGCAUCCCCAACAAUUAUUUCUCCUAAACAGUACAAGAAAAGGUUCCGGAAGGCUAUGACUACCUAUUUUCUCACUGUACCUGAUCAAUGGACUUCAUGAUCUGUAUUAUCAUUGAUUCAUUGGUUCAUUAAUAAGGCAUAAGAAAUUGUAAUUGCUGAUAAAUGAGAAGGGAGCUCCCUCUCUCCCCAGGUUUUGUUUCUCUUUUAUCCUCAUUUUUUCUUUCGGCACAAUUUCUUCAAUGUGGGCAGAAGUGGCCUGCAUCUAAAACAAACUACAAAUGUGAAGAGGGGAAACGAAGCUUUCUUUUUGAGGGCUCUUUUUAAUGACCUCUAAAGAAAGGGGAAGAGUUUUUAGGGCUCUGGUGUAAUGUUGUAGUGUAUAGUUUUUCUCUUGUGCAUGUGCAAAAGCUCCCCGGAAGAAUCAAAGGUUCCUCUACCUUAACAUGAA